AUGGAUCCAAACAAUUUACCCGACUGGAACACAUUUUACAACGAAUGUGUGGAGGAUUUUAUGAAUGACACGUUCGUUGAAGAUAUGAUGCAGCAGGAGAUGGAGUUCUAUCAACAACAACAACAACAUGCCAACACCGUUAGGCCCAAGAAAACAAGAAGAGUAAUAAAGAGAGAUCGUGAAGCUGGGAACGAGCGGUUGAUGAAGGACUACUUCUCUGAAAAUCCUGUAUACACGGAAAAGCUUUUCCGACGAAGGUUUCGAAUGCGAAAGCAUGUGUUCCUCAGAAUUGUAGAGGCCCUUGGGUCUUAUAACCCGUACUUUUUAAUGUCCGUUGAUGCAGUUGGAAGACAAGGUCUAUCAUCAUUACAAAAGUGCACCGCCGCUAUUCGUAUGUUAGCGUAUGGAUCACCUGCUGACAGUGUUGAUGAAUACGUUAGAAUUGGUGAAAGUACUGCAAUUGAGUGCUUAAAGAAUUUUGUAGAAGGUGUGUGUGAAGUAUUUGGUGGGCAAUACUUGAGGCGUCCAAACGAGGAAGACAUGACACGCCUACUUCAAUGGGGGGAGUCUCGUGGAUUUCCAGGCUCAAAUAAUGACAUUACUGUGCUAAACCAAUCUCCGGUGUUUAAUGAGGUUUUGCGUGGAGCUGCUCCCAUGGUGAAAUUUAGAGUGAAUGAAACAAUGUAUCACAUGGGAUACUAUCUAGCAGACGGUAUCUAUCCCGAGUGGGGUACAUUUGUGAAGACCAUCCCAAUGCCACAAGGAGAAAAAAAGCAAAAGUUUGCCAAAAGACAAGAAGCAGCAAGAAAGGACGUGGAACGUGCAUUCGGAGUGCUCCAAUCUCGGUUUGCGAUUGUCAAUAAUGACAUAUCGGAUGCUGAAGUAUUAAGCGGUCCUAUUCCCGCUUUUAGAAAUAUGUUGGAAAGGAGAGCACAUCAAAUUGAAAAGUCAAUCCAUCGCCAACUUCAAGCAGACUUGGUGGAGCAUAUCUGGGACCUUCCUGAAAUCGAUAAUAAUGAAACUUAA